AUGGGAACGAUGGUGAACCUUAACAGCGUGUUUGCUCCCGUUCUUGUCAUUCCUAACCCUACCACCAUGCUAGCUAUCUCGCUCGCCGCUCUUGGAGUCACCUUCAUUCUCUGGCGCAUGUUCCUUCCACAGCUCAAGUUUAUCUGGCACUGUUUCUUUCGUCCCCUCGGCACUGACAACCAAAAGGCCAGGUUGGACAAGUUUUACAGGGGACAAGCCGAGGUUUAUGAUACUACCCGAAGCGUUCUUCUCCGAGGGCGAAACACCAUGUUGAGCAUUUCUGCAGCUCAUUUACGCCAAUUGCGUUCUUCUUCUCCAAAGAAACGCCUUGUCUGGGUCGACAUCGGUGGUGGCACAGGCUACAAUAUUGAACUCAUGGAUAAAUACAUUCCCAUCUCGUCUUUUGAUGCCAUAUACUUGGUGGAUCUCUGCGAUUCGUUGCUGGACGUUGCUCGCAAGCGGUUUGCCGAAAAGGGUUGGACCAACGUCAUUGUUCUGUGUCAGGAUGCCAGCGAGUUUACCCUUCCCGAGUGGUCGCAGAACACCGAUCCCAAGGGCAGCGUCAGCCUUGUAACGAUGAGCUAUUCCUUAUCAAUGAUCCCAAGCUACUACGCUGUUCUCGAUCGAAUUGAACACGUCCUCUCACCCCAGGACGGGUUAUUUGGAGUGGUCGACUUCUACACCGCUGGAAGGCUUCCUUCCCCCCAUGAAAAGGCAAUCGGGGGAAUCAGCAGGGAGUGUGGCUGGAUUUCGAGGUGGUUCUGGCAGAUCUGGUUUGAUUUUGAUCAUGUACAUCUCGGUCCCGCAAGGCGCUCAUAUCUAGAGUACAAAUUUGGGACGGUGAAGAAUUAUAACGGAAGGAAUCGGUUCUUCUUGCCAUUUGUCGUUCGCAUUCCAUAUUACAUUUGGUUAGGGAGACCUCGAGCCUGUGAUGUCACGCGUUUCUGUCAUGCAUUUGAGGUGGAAGGCGGGAACACCAUCGGCAAUUGUUCACCAGUUCCCUUCAAAAUAGUCAAAGAGGCGGAAUCGGUUCCCCCGCUUGAUAUUGGUGAUUCCAUCGCAGACGUUUCGUCUGACAUGAUCAAGGCAGAGAAUGUCAUCAAUAUAACAGCUCCCUUGAGCUCUUUCCAUUACCAAGUUAAGAAUCCAUGGCGCCUGCCUUACUACGAACAACCCGUGCACAAAGAAUUCCGGACGUUCAUCUAUUCUUUCACCUGGGAGGAUCCUUUUGAAGAUAUGAAAGUGCUGGAUCUUACUUCAGAGGAUUCGAUGCUGGUCAUCACAUCCGCGGGAGAUAAUGCUCUACACUAUGCUAUCGAAGCUGGACCAAAGCGGAUACAUUGCGUUGACAUGAAUCCAUGUCAAGGUCAUCUGUUAGAAUUGAAGCUGGCCGCCAUCCAAUCCCUGACACAUGACGAGUUUUUUUCGAUGUUUGGUAAAGGACGUCAUUCAAAUUUCCGGGCCCUCCUUGAUUCCCGAAUCUCUCCUCAAUUGUCGUCUUCCGCCUACCAAUUCUGGAGGGUGAACGAUGAUGCCUUCUCAUCCUCGUUUUACAUGCACGGAUACAGCGGACUGGCAUUGCGGCUUGCGAAGAUCAUCUUCAGAUUGGCAGGGGUCACCAAAGACGUCCAGGCGCUUUGUGAUUGCGAUACUCUUGAGGACCAGGCUAGAAUCUGGCGGGAGAAACUCAGACCUGUGUUACUCAACCCUAUCGUUGUUGCCUUACUCAAGAGCCCCGUGUUUUGCUGGAAUGCCCUUGGCGUGCCUCUAAACCAACGUAACAUGAUCUUGGAGGAAGGCACGUUCUAUGACUAUGUGGCCAACACUUUAGAUCCUCUUGCAACGACAUAUCUUUUCAAGACUGGUUCCUACUUUUAUCUUCUGACGCUUCUGGGCCACUACACCCCUGCUUCAUGCCCACGUUAUCUGACUCCAUCUGGGUUCGAUGCCCUGAAAAAGAACGACGGCAAAGCAUUGGACGCAUUCCGCCUACACACCGACGCUAUCGUCAAUGUCCUACGAGGUCUUUCGAAAUGGUCUUUAACACGGGCCCUCGUAAUGGAUCAUAUUGAUUGGUUCUCCCCCGGUUCUGUUGAUGUUGACGAGGAAGUCCGAGAGCUCCAUCGCGUGGUAGCCCCUGGUGGCCUCGUUUUCUGGCGCUCAGCUUCCAAAGAACCUUGGUAUAACAAAGUGUUUGAGAAAACGGGGUUCAAAGUGUCUGCAGUCGCAGUCAGGCAAGGUUCAGAAGCCAUUGACCGAGUCAAUAUGUAUCGCUCUUUCUGGAGAGCAGAACGACUAUAA